AAGAAAUUGCAUUUGCAAAGUGCAAAAGGAAAGAAGAGAGAGAGAACCACCCACUUUCACUGAUCCUCACAAACCGGCAUAAUCCAUUUUCACCCAAACAUCAAUCCAUAGGUACGAGGUUUAUGUUUAUCUCUUCACUUAUCAAAUCUUGUGUUUAAGGUUCUCCCAAACACAGUACAAAGUUUGAUUUACUCAUUUCCAAGUUUUCAUUGACAUUCUGAUGUUUGGAUAAUAAGGAUCAUGCCACUGACUUGAGGUACAUAUACGAGUUUGCUAUAAGGGACCUCUUAAGAGUUUCAUGUCUUGUGAUAGUAAUAGUUCAACUAGUGUAAACAACAUGGACGAUAUUCAAUUGAAUAUCGUUUGGGACGAUGUUGUUUGUCCAAUAUGCUUGGAUAUUCCUCAUAAUUGUGUGCUCCUUAAGUGUUCAUCUUAUGAUAAAGGGUGUCGUGCUUUAGUCUGCGACACAGAUCAAUCGCACUCAAAUUGUUUGGAUCGUUUUAAAGUUGCCUGUGGCGUGCCAUCCUCUUCAGUGUCUGAUGCAACGUCUGUUGAAAUUAAUGAGCCUGUGGUACAUGAAGAUGGUCAAUCCAAUCUAACCUGCCCUUUGUGUAGAGGCCAAGUAUCUGGCUGGAUUGUUGUGGAUAAAGCUCGCACGCAUCUUGAUGACAAGAAACGUUGUUGUGAUGAGGUGAAAUGUAAAUUCAUGGGAAGUUACUUGGAGCUACAAAAUCAUGCUCAAAUUGAACACCCUCAUGCAUGUCCAUCGAAAAUUGAUCCUGCUCGAGUGCUCGACUGGGAGAAUUUUCAGCAAUCCUCUGAGAUCAUAGAUGUUUUGAGCACUAUACAUUCGGAAAUCCCGCGGGGGAUGGUUUUGGGAGAUUAUGUGAUUGAAUAUGGGGACGAUGAUGGCAGAGAUGAGUAUGAUGACUUCCCUGGAGAUGACGGAAACUGGUGGACCUCUUGUAUUCUGUAUCAGGUCUUCGACAACUUCAGAAGUUCUAGAAAUAGAAGAAGGACAAGAAACAGUGAUACACAAAGGGCUAAUCGUCGUUUAAGUUAUGAUACUUCAAAUUCUGAUGAAGGUUCUAUAGCAUCUGGGGAUUAUGGUGAUGUUUUAGUAGAUGAGAUUGAGUUCGAGGUUGUUAACACAAGUGGUUCCUCAAGGCGUAACAGUAACUAUCGCAGAUCACGGAGACGUCAGUCCCGUUUUCAAGACAUUUAGGUUUCUUUAUCUAGGUUUGGAGGCAACAUGAAUCAAAGAAGAGCAGAAUGAGGAAUGGACAAGGAAAACGCACCUUGACAACUCAUCCAUGCAAAAUUUACAUGUUGAUCAACUAUUGCUGUUUUGAUUGGAAGAUUUUAUGAACUAGACAUUUCCAUUUUGUUACAUACUCCUUUUCUUUUAUUUGUUUAGUUUUAAAAAUCACAUUCACUUAUCAAAUCUAAGUGAAGAAAGUAUGCUAGCAAUUAGUUGCCCUUUUAUUUACUCAUGGGCAACCAAAGUGAUUUCGCCACCAGCAUUGCGCUGCAUACUUUGCAAUAAUGACUAUUUUAGAAUCUUAAAUUUCUCGUACAUAUUAUUAACUGAUUGUGGUUUGUUAAAAUAGGUCUAAUGCAUGUUUGUGUUUCA